CGGUUCAGUGGGAUCCCAGCAGCAGCUGCAGUGGCUCUCGUCUUUUCUGACUGUCCUUGCUAUCUCCCUUUCGCGUCCGGAAACAUGGCCCCUGGUGUGGCAGUCUCUGAUUGUGUCAUUAAAGUCUUCGAUGACAUGAAGUUUCAAAAUUCUUCAACACCAGAGGAGGUGAAGAAGCACAAGAAGGUGGUACUCUUCUGCCUGAGCAAGGACAAGAAGAACAUCAUCCUGGAGGAGGGCAAGGAGAUCCUGGUGAGUGAUGUGGGCCAGACCAUAGACGACCCCUAUGCCACCUUUGUCAAGCUGCUGCCAGACAAGGACUGCCGCUAUGCCCUCUGUGAUGCCCCCUACAAGACCAAGGAGAGCAAGAAGGAGGACCUGGUGUUUACCUUCCGGGCACCUGAAUGUGCACCCUUUAAGAGCAAAGUGAUUUAUGCCAGCUCCAAGGACGCCAUCAAGAAGAAGCUGACAGGGAUCAAGCGUGAAUUACAAGCAAACUGCUACGAGGAGGUCAAGGACCAGUGCACCCUGGCCCAGAAACUGGGGGGCAGCGCCUCAUCUCCUUUGUGAGCCCCUUCCAGCCCCCUGCCUGGAGCAUCUGGCAGCCCCAGACCUGCCCGUGGGGGUUGCAGGCUUCACCCUUCCUGCCAGACCGUAGGGGCUGGGGGGAUCCCAACAGGGGGAGGGCAAUCCCUUCACUCCAGUUGCCAAACAGUCACCUCACCACCUGGACCUUCCUCCUUCCUCCAUCCCUGACGGUUCUGGCCUUUCCAAACAGUUCUGAUUCCUCUUGGGUUGAAGCCAACCAAGUUCCCCCCAGGCACCCCAGUUUAGGGGGGGCUGUAUUUUUUUUUUAACGAUACCGCAUUCCCCACCUGUUCCUCCCUUUUCCUGUGCUGCCAACUUCUAACUGCAAUAGUGACUCUGUGCUUGUCAGUUUAGUUCUGUGUAUAAAUGGAAUGUUGUGGAGAUGA